GGGAAGACUGGGAAGGCCUGAUUUCUCUCAAGCAAAAGACUUUGUCAACCUGCCACACAACUCCCCACCUUCUCAAUUUGUGUUUUGUGAACCUCUACACUCCCUAUUUCCUCUCUCUCUCUCUCUCUCUCUCUCUCAUUUCUUUCUUUGCUUCUAUGCCAUCAAAGUUUCACCACCCUUUCUGGAAGCUUUCUCCUUAUCCCAAACAUUGUAGCCUCCCGUCUAAGGGCGCGCACGCCGCCCCAACAGCGCGCCUAACCUCCAUGGCUAUGAUCAACCCAACAACCUUGUUUCUUAUGCUCGUCCUUGUCUUGUCAAUCCAUUUUGAUCCUUCUCAUGGGUUGUCAGAUCCAGAGAUCCUCCUCAAAUUCAAGUCCUCUUUGUCUGUUAACAACAAUGCCUUGUCAACUUGGACAAACCAGACCCCUCCAUGUGAUGGAAAUAAGGCCAAAUGGGUUGGUAUUUUAUGUUACAAAGGUAGCAUUUGGGGUAUCAAGCUUGAGAGAUUGGGAUUGGGUGGAACUAUAGAUUUGGAGACUCUCAAGCAAUUGCCAAACUUGAGAACAUUGAGUUUUAUGCAUAACAAUUUUGAAGGUCCAUUGCCAGAGCUGAGCAAACUUGGUGCACUAAAAGCAGUUUAUCUGUCUGACAAUAAAUUUUCUGGGGAGAUUCCUGGGGAUGCAUUUGAGGGCAUGCCUUGGUUAAAGAAACUUCAUUUGGCGAAGAACGAGUUUACGGGUGCCAUUCCUGCAUCUUUGGCUACAUUGCCUAAGCUCUUGGAUUUGAAGCUUCAAGAGAAUCAAUUCAAUGGCAAGUUACCAGAAUUUCAGCAGAAGCAAUGGAGAUCAUUCAAUGUGUCAAACAAUCAACUUGAAGGGCCAAUCCCUGCUGCUCUUACCAAGAUGGAGACAACUUCAUUUUCUGGCAAUCGAGGUCUGUGUGGAGGGCCAUUGAGUGCAUGCAGUCCAGCCACCUCAAGCCCUAUUCCGGACGUAACCCCUGCUGACUCCGACCACAAGAAGCCUUCUGGCAUUGUAACAAUUGUGAUCUUGGCAAUCGUUGUUGGGGUUGCAUUAGCUGCCAUCAUUGCAGCCAUAGUCAUCCUUCGUCGAAGAAACCAAGCAUCCCAAUCAAUAGAGACAUCAUCAAUAUCAAACCAUCAAACGAAACCAGGUAUUAAAGACUCAGACCAAGUCUCACAAGGCUCUCCUGCACACUCAUUGGGAGGCAGCAAGAAGGGCGAUAAAGCGAAAUUGUCAUUUGUGAGGGAUGAUAGAGUGAGGUUUGAUCUGCAAGACUUGUUAAAGGCCUCAGCUGAGAUACUUGGUAGUGGUUGCUUUGGUUCCUCUUACAAAGCAGCUCUCUUGACUGGACCAGUCAUGGUGGUUAAGAGGUUUAAGCAAAUGAACAAUGUUGGAAGAGAAGAGUUUCAAGAGCACGUAAGGCGGCUAGGCUGGUUACGACACCCGAACUUGCUUCCUCUUGUGGCUUAUUAUUAUAGAAAGGAAGAGAAGCUCUUGAUUUCUGACCAUGUUGAGCAUGGAAGCUUGGCUGUUAGUCUUCAUGGCCACCAAGCGCUAGGCCGGCCAAGCCUUAAUUGGCCAUCAAGACUAAAGAUUGUCAAAGGAGUUGCCAGGGGACUUACAUACCUCUACAAAGAGCUCCCUGGUGUGAUUGCAGCCCACGGUCACCUUAAAUCCUCGAACGUUCUGCUAAACAACUCCUUCGAGCCUCAGCUCACUGAUUAUGGACUAAUCCCCUUGAUCAACCAAGAGAAUGCUCAAGAGCUAAUGGUGGCAUACAAAUCCCCUGAGUAUUCUCGAUAUGGACGCGUUACAAAGAAGACCGACGUAUGGAGUCUCGGGAUAUUGAUACUAGAAAUUUUGACAGGAAAAUUCCCUUCAAACUUCUUGCAACAAGGCAAGGGAAGUGAUCAAGAGGAUUUGGCAACUUGGGUGACCUCAGUUGUUGGAGAUCAAGAGCCUACAAGUGAAGUGUUUGAUAAAGAUCUAGUAGGCUCAAAGACAAGCGAAGGCGAAAUGAUUAAACUAUUGAAGAUAGCAUUGGCUUGCUGUGAAGGGGAUGUGGAGAAGAGACUGGACUUGAAGGAGGCCAUGGAGCGCAUUGAGGAGAUAAAAGAGAGAGACGGCGACAAUGAUUUCUUCUCCUCAUCUGCUAGUGACCAUGGGGAGAUUCAUUAAGCUUUAGAUCUCAUCAACUUAAUUCUUAUACCGGGGCGGGGGACUUGAUGGGUGUGUGUAGGAGGGUUUCUGGGGCAUGUUACAUUACAUGCUUAGAGUGUAAAUUUAGCAGUUGAGAUGAGGUUUGCCAAUACUGCACAAUU